CCCAGCGGCAGCUUCGCUGGCUCCUCUCUGAACCCGCAUCGCUUACCUGAACCUCAGGUUUUCUUUAGGGACCUGGGACUCUUUUGUCCUAGACCUUCAGCUUCUCAGCAAACAGGCCUCUACAGCUCCUGCCCUCCCUCUCGGGCCUCUCUUGCCUCACUAGGCCAUUCCACCCUUUGUUCUGCUGCUCAUCCCACUCAUGGAGAACCCAGGACUGGUUGUGCACGGGCAGGCUGCUUCCUUUUCCACAGCACUCCGAAGUCUUGUCAACAACCCCCAGUACAGCGAUGUUUGCUUUGUGGUUGGUCAAGAACGGCAAGAGGUGUUUGCCCACCGGUGCUUGUUGGCCUGUAGAUGCAACUUCUUCCAGAGACUUCUGGGAACAGAGCCGGGCCCUGGGGUACCUAGUGCUGUGGUGCUAAGCACUGUGCCGACCGAGGCCUUCUUAGCUGUGCUGGAGUUCCUGUAUGCCAAUAGCGUCACGCUGCACCGCUGCUCAGUGCUGGAGGUGCUGACAGCAGCUGUAGAAUAUGGGCUGGAGGAACUUCGAGAGUUAUGCCUGGAGUUUGUGAUGAAGGUUCUGGAUGUGGAGCUGGUUUGUGAGGCCCUGCAGGUGGCUGUAACCUUUGGCCUGGGGCCGCUGCAGGAGCGGUGCAUAGCCUUCAUAGAGGCUCACAGCCAGGAGGCUCUACAAACCCGCGGCUUCCUGGAGCUAUCGGCCACUGCGCUGCUGCCCGUGCUACGCAGUGACAAGCUCUGCGUGGACGAGGCUGAGCUGGUCAAGGCAGCCCGAAACUGGGCGCGCGUGGGCGCCGUGAGUGGGAUCUGGGGGAGGCGAGGGCGAAGCGGCGGAGGCCGCAGGAACUCGGCAAGCGGACGGCAGGGCACAGGCCCCCGAUCCGCCGGGGCUCAAGGUUCGCUUCCACAGGCGGUGUUAGAGCGACCGGUGGCAGAGGUGGCGGCUCCAGUGGUUCGAGAGCUGAGACUGGCCUUGCUGGCCCCGGCGGAGUUGAGCGCCCUGGAAGAGCAGAACCGACAGGAGCCGCUCAUCCCGGUGCGGACGCGAGCUCAUCCCGGGCUCAGAUCCACUCUGCCACGUGGGGAUGAGGAGCCAGGGCCUUUGCCAGGGCCUUCGGACUGCAUGGUGACCCUCCUUCUCCUACAGGUGGAGCAAAUUGUGGAGGCGUGGAAGUGCCAUGCCCUACGGAGAGGAGAUGCGGCCCCGGGUGCACCGUGCAGGCGGCGAAGGGGAACCCUGCCCCGGGAUCACCACCGUUUUCUGGACCUUCGUUUAAAAUGAUCCACUUCCGGAACUUGGGAGGCCUCUGAUCACACUCCAAACUACAGCUCCCGAGGUGCUCUGCGCCCGAGGCGGGCUUCCGCCCCCAGCAAGCCCUGCGAGCCGGAGGCCGGAAGGACCAUGUAGGGGCGGGCCAGUGCCAGUGGACCCAAGGUUGGAGUCGUGUCACGGGCUCGGGCGACGCCCCGAGGCCGGAAGCGAGGGUGGCAUCUGUUCCAUGAGCUCACACCGCAUCCUGCUGCCGGUCACUCCUCUAUUCGGUUGACGCUGUUAUCUAUGUAGCGCAUCCCCCUUAACAAGUCAGCUUCCUGGCUCCAGGCUCAGCCCGGAGCUUCUCAUCUUCUCUUCUCUCCCAGUCCCGUAAAUACUGUUUCUCAUUUCGGCGGGUCAGGAACCAGGAUCUCAUUCUUGCUUACCUCAUGCCCUUUCUCCCUUCCAAUAGUACUUUCGAGUUGGUUUAGUCUGCAGCCUAUCUUCUGUCACCUUUGGGGAUCUUUUCUGCCGUUACCCUGCCAGUGCUCCCUCACUCCCUCCCCACCCCCUAGUGCUCAUUGCACCCCCGUGAGGGUCCCAUUGUUGUGAUUGUCACGCCCUUCCCUGAUUCCUUCAGCGUCCUUAACGGCAUUCCAGGAAAAGCUACUAAAGUUUCUAGCUAUUUAGUGGUUCUUAACACUGAAUUGGGGAGUUCCAGAAUUAACUUUUUUUCGGGGGGGGAGUAGGAGGUGGGUAAUCUCUCACUGUGUAACCCCAGCUGGCCUAAAACUCACUUUGUAGGUCAGGCUAGCCUGGAACUCACAGAGCUCUGACUGCCUCUGCCUCCCUGGUACAGCGAUUAAAGGCAUCAUGUACUAUUCCAUCUAAAUUAAAAACAACAAAAAAGCUGGACAGUGGUGGCACAACGCCUUUGAUCCAGGCACUGGGGAGGCAGAGGCAGGCGACUCGCUAAAUUUUAGGCCAGACUGGUCCGCAGAGCAAGUACCAAGACAGCCAGGGCUACACAGGGAAACCCUGUCUCGGAAAAUUAAAAACAAAACAGCCCACAAAAACCUCUUAAAGAGAUGGGAAGGAAUCUUAACUCAGUUGCUCAGGCUGGUCUGGACUUAUUGAGCUGAAACGGUUCCACCUCAACACCCCCACCUUCAGUAACUGGAACUACUAUGGUAUUAGAUGUAUAUAUAUUUUACAUAUAUAUUUUUUUUUCCAAGAAAAACCACCACUGCCUGGCUCCUAGCAAAUAAUUUUAAAGGAGAUGUAAAGCAAGAUUUAAAAAUGAAGGACAGUGGACAAUUUAAAAGGAAAUAAAAUUACAAUUCUGACAUAUAAAAAUGUUUGCUUGGGGGCUGGAGAGAUGGCUCAGUGGUUAAGAGCAUUGCCUGCUCUUACAAAGGUCCUGAGUUCAA